AUGUAUCCUGUACUUUUGUCAAAAUCAAAUAAAUGUACAAAAGACAAAGACAAUAAUAAACGACAAGAAUUUUGGAACGGAACAUUAGUGGAUGAUUAUAAUUAUCUUAUGUCUGAAGAACUUAUUUGUCGUUGUAAAGGUUCUUUAAGUGAACCAUUUACAUCUCUCAAUGAUCUUUCUGUUCAUCAUGUAUCUUAUAAUGAAUUUGAAAAACAAUAUAGUGAAUUAUAUCAUUGGUGUGAAAAAAUUUAUGAAACAAUUACAAAAGUUUCAACAAAUGAUUUAACACGUUAUCUUCGACAAAGAUAUUAUGAAGAAUUAUAUGAACAAGGUCUUAUGCGUUUACGUAUGUUUGGUCAAUAUGCUGAUAAAUUAUAUGAACGUUUUUCUGAUUUAAAAUCAAAUAUUCAUGAUAAAAUGAUAAGAAUAAAUCGACAAUGGAAUUUACUUGAAUCAUGUUUUAUUGAUUAUUUAGAUGAAAAUUUUGAUCGUAUACUUCAAGAUUUACAUAAUGAAUUAAUUUUAUUUGAAGAAUGGCUUAGUAAAACAGAAGAACAAUUAUGGACAUUUGAAUCAAAUCGAAGUGAUGACAUUUCAUUAGAAGAUUUUCAAUUUAAGCUUCAUGAACAUACGAUAUUACAAGACGAAAUUAAAUCAAGAAAUAGUCGUGUUUCAUCGAUUAUUGAAAUUUGUGAACGUUUAAAAAAUGAUUAUGAACAACAAGUUGAACAAGUACCAUUUGAUUUAGCAAGUGAUCUAGAAAGUCGAUGGCAUCAAACAUGGAUUAAUUCUGUUGAAAUUCAAUGUAAACUUGAAGAACGUUUGAAAACUUUUCAAAAUACAACUUCACUUGUUUUAAUCGACGAAGACGAAGAAACUGAAGAAGCAGGAGACGAAGAAGAAGAAGAAGAAGAAGAUAUUAUUCCAUUUAAUUCAAGUGAAUACGAAAAAAUUCCUCUUACACCAUCGAACAGUAGUAUAGAUAGUUUAAAUUUUUCAACACAUAAUCGUAAACGUCCACGAUCUCCAUUAAUACAACAUAUUACCAAUAAUAUUCAAUCAAAACCAUUUUAUAUAAAAAGAAAAAUGGCAACAUCAAAACGACGUAUGUCAUUAAAUCUUUUACCAAUUAAUUCUCCAUCAACAUUUUAUUAUUCAUUAACAAAUAUAAAUGACAUUGAUGAUCAAACAAUAACAAAGAAACAUAAGAAAACAUCAUCAAAAUUAGACAUAGGAUAUGAAAGUGAAGAUGAAAAUAAUCAUUUAGAUAAAAAUCUUCAUUCAGUAUAUCAUAUAAGAAAAAGUCAAAGUGAUUAUUUAAUUCGACAACCAAUACCAAAUAAUAAUAUUUUUUUAUCUUUAACACAUUCAUUACCAUUAUUUGAACAUAAUAAUCAUUUUCCAACAUGGUGGAGACAUUCAAUAACAUCAGCAUAUGAUACAUGUUCAAAUCCCGAUAUUGAUUUUAGUAUUGAAGAAACAAAAAAACAACAAACAAAACCAUCUUUACUUAUGUAUAGUAAAAAAUAUACGAAAUUUAAACGUAUAAAAUCUUUUUCACAACAACAAACAUUAUCAUCAUUAAGUUCAAAUAUAAAACAAAAAAAAUUACCAUUAAAUCCAACAUCUAAUUCAUAUGAUGCAAGUGCUGAAUAUACAGAUCCUGAACAAUCAGAAAAUGAUGUUGAUAUUUUAUCAUCAGAUUUUAAUUCAACAUCACCUGUUCAUCAUUAUCAAAAUUCAGAAUCUCAAUUUUAUAAUAGAUAUACAACAACAACAACAGGAUAUUCAUCAGAUAUUGAAUUAGAAACAACAACAACACCAUCGGAAACGGAAGAUCAACAAAUACAACUUUAUGAUGAAAACGGAUUUAAUUCACUUCAUACAAUUAUAAACGAAAAAUUUGAAAGUUCUGAGCCUUGUUGGGACGGAUAUCAAAAUCCACUUUUUUAUCAUUUCAAUUCUCAAGAUAUGGAUUCAAUAGAAACAACACUUAAAUGGGAAGAUCAAUUUUUAGAAAUGGAUCAACCAAAUAAUUCAUCAUCAGAUGAUGAAAUUCAUUUAAAUGAAAACUUUAAAUAUAUUUUACGGAAUAACGGUGGUUCAUCAUCAUCAUUGACAGGAGGUGUUACGGGUGUCAUUGGAAAUAAACAAGUAUUAGAUUCAGAUUCGGAUUUAGAUGAUUUCAAUUACGUUUUAAACGAAACUGAACGACAAUUAUAUAAAGCACGACAAAGUUUAGACAAGAAAAAACGUCAACAACCAUUUGCAUUAAAUGAUCGUAAUCUACGAAAAUAUGAUGAAGUUUUAAGAACAUGUGAAACAAAUAUUCAAUGUUUACAACAAAUUUUAAAAAAUCUUCAUCGAUCAAAAAAUUCACGUCUUAAUAGUACAAAAGCUAUUGAACAAUUACAAACAUAUUUAUCUGAUUGGCAUGAUAUGCGACAACAAGUAAAUGAUGAUCGAAUACGUGCACGUCAAUUAUUAUAUAUAUCACAAGAAAUUAUAAAAUUGAAAAUACGUUUAGACGAAGAAUUAUCCCAUAUUGAUUCCAUUUAUAAUCGUCAACAUCUAUGGUUAGAUGAAAAUUCUUUAAUUGAAUUAAUGCGUCGAAUUAAUUAUGAAAUUGAAUCCGAACAAGAUUCUCGACAAAAAUUAGCUUCCUAUCGUACUGAUAUUCUUUUAGCUGAAGAACAUCUUAACGAAUAUCAAAUAUCACAUUUAAAUAGCCCAUCAUCAUCAAGUGUAGUUGAACAUUUACAUAGUUGCCGUCUAGUACUUGAACAACUUACUGAUAAAAUGGACACAUAUCAAACUCAAUUACGUACAUUAUUAACUAUUACUGAUAGUAUUCUACCCAUUGAAACACAGAUUGAACAAAAAUUGACAGCUUGUGAAUACAAUAACAAUUAUCAAAUUGAACUUCAAAAUAUUCAAAAAUUAAUUGAUAAAUAUGAAGAUAUAAUAUGUAAUAUAAAUUAUUCAAAACUAUCAACAAAUAAUUUACAUUUAAAAUUAAAAACACAUUGUGAACAUAAAUUAGAUUUAUAUAAAAAAAUGUUAAAUGAAUUUAAUCGAAAAACACAAUCAAAACAUGUUUCAUUUGAUGGUUCAAUUAAUUUAAAUAAUAAUAAUUCAUCAAUUUCACAAUUUUAUACCAAUGAUAUUAAUCAAAAUACACAAAGAAACAGAUCUCAACGAACAGAAACUUAUACAACAACAGCAACAUCAAAUGAUAUUAAUCAAAGUUUUCUUCAUGAUAAUACAUCAACGAAACAAAGUUCAACAUCAUCAUAUAUAUCUGAUGAUUGUAAAGUUUUAUAUAUUGAAACAGUUAUUGAAGUAGCUAAACCUGUUUUUUAUGAACGAACAAAUGAUACAUCAACAACAACAUCAACAAAUAAAGAAUAUCAUUAUCAUAAACAAAUUCCACAAUCAAUAAAUAAUAUUCAACAAUCAUCAAAAAUAAUAAAACAAAUUCAUGAAUCAUCUGAUGAUGAUGAUGAUGAUGUUGAAUUAAAUAAACCGGUGAAUUUAAUAAAAACAAAAAUACAACAACAAGUUGAUAGUGGAAUUGAAUAUGAUCAUAUAAGUUUACCACCAUCAACAUCAUCAUCAACAAUAUUUAAUCAACAAACAAUAGAUAAUAAUAAAAAAUUAUUAUCUCCAUCAAUAAAAACAAAUUCUAAUCUUAAUGAUUCAACACUUAUUCAACGUUCACAUAAAAUAAAAUCUAUAAAUAAAGAUAAUAGAAAAUUAAAUACUUUAAGAAAUUCAUAUUGGAAUCGUUUAAAACAACUGUGGUUACGUUCAUUAUUACUUGGACUUUUUUUAUUAUUUAUUUUAUUUUUGAUUUAUUUCAUUCGACUUGAUACAUGUUCAAGAUCAACUAUAAUUCGAACAGUUUCACAAAAAAUAAUAUCUAUUGAACAUCAAGGUUUACCAACAAUUUGA